AUGAUUGCCAGUUAUCUCCAUUGUCACAGAAACAUGGCUUUCAAAGUUCUUUCAUUGGCUCUUGUUUUCCUUGGAAUGUUGGCAUUUCAAGCCUCAUCUCGCACCCUUCAAGAAGCUUCCAUGAAGGAGAGGCAUGAGCAAUGGAUGGUUCAAUAUGGAAGAGUGUAUAAGGACACUGAGGAGAAGGAGAAGCGUUUCAACAUAUUCAAGCAAAAUGUGGAGUACAUCGAAGGCACUAACAGUGCUAGAACUAAGCCUUACAAGUUAGGUGUGAAUCCAUUUGCAGAUCUCACAAAUGAAGAAUUCACAGCUUCUAGAAACAGAUUCAAGGGUCUUACAUGCUCCUCAAUCACAAGGACACCCACUUUUAAAUAUGAAAAUGAGACUGAUGUGCCUUCCUCUGUGGAUUGGAGAAAGCAAGGUGCUGUCACACCCGUCAAGAACCAAGGCAAUUGUGGAUGUUGUUGGGCAUUUUCUGCUGUAGCAGCAACAGAAGGAAUUACUAAGUUGAGUACAGGCAAACUGAUCUCUUUGUCAGAGCAAGAGCUAGUAGAUUGUGACACAGUUGAUCAUGGUUGUGAAGGAGGUUUGAUGGAUGAUGCCUUCAAAUUCAUCAUAAAAAAUAAUGGUAUUACCUCAGAAGCCAACUAUCCUUAUAAGGGUGUUGAUGGAACCUACAAUGCCAAUGAAGAAGCCAAUCAUGUAGCUACCAUUAAGGGGUAUGAGGAUGUUCCUACCAAUAGCGAGCAGGCACUACAAAAAGCAGUAGCUAACCAGCCUGUUUCAGUGGCCAUAGAUGCGAGUGGAUCUGAUUUUCAGUUUUAUUCAAGUGGCAUUUUCACUGGUUCUUGUGGUACUGAGUUAGAUCAUGGUGUUACUGCCGUUGGUUAUGGUGUCACUGGCAAUACCGAAUACUGGUUAGUGAAAAACUCAUGGGGAACAGAAUGGGGAGAAGAAGGAUACAUUAGAAUGCAAAGAAAUGUGGCUGCUCAAGAAGGCCUUUGUGGCAUAGCAAUGCAAGCUUCAUAUCCCACUGCAUAAUUGUUAAAUUACACACUUAAUAUUAACUCUAAAUGAAUGGUGUUAUUGUAUAUCCAUGCACCAUUUAGUAGUUAUCAACACAUUAGUUUAAAAUCACAGCAGUGAAUAUGAGGCAUAUACACAUGUUCAAGUUCUACAAGUUAUAUGAUAUGGAUUGUGAAGGUUUGUGAAGUUUUUACUACUUUAUUUUCAAUUCCAAUUCAUGUAAUGAGUGAUGGAUA